AUGGGUCAACGUGCAAAAAAAAAUCAAACAGUAUGGGUGUUCUGGAAUGUUUUAGCAACCUUAAAAGACCUUUGUUGGAUUCCUGUACUUGCCCUACGGGCCAAAUCCCACGUAGGAUUCUUUCAUACCCGUAUGAAGCAUCCCAGUCGGAUACUUUGGUUCGUUCGACAUGGUGAACGUGUAGAUAACGUAGAUAAGGCAUGGAAAAACACCGCCGAACGUUGGGAUGAUCCACCGUUGAGCCCUCGAGGUCACCAACAAGCUCGAGAAGUCGGGAACUUCCUUGUUUCUGAGGCUAUCGAUCACGUAGUUUGCUCACCAUUCACACGUUGCGUGGAAACAGUGACCGAAAUUCUCGCCGUUAGAAAAACAUCACCUCCCGUAUGGAUCGAACCAGGAUUAGGUGAAUCGUUGAAUGUUUGUAUGUCACCGCCAGGCUGGCCAACGAUGGAUAAAAUAAAAAAGAUGAAUCCAAAUGUGGACGAUACGUAUGCACCUGUUUUUCCUGUCCUACCUCCUGAAACUGGAGGUGAUAGUGGAUGCAUUCCACGGGUAAUUAAGACGUUACGUACAAUUUUAGCCAAAUAUCCUACGGGUAAUAUACUUUUCGUAUCACACGGCAGUCCAACUGCCGCUUGCCAUCUAGCAAUAUGCGGGUCGUGGAAAUAUGUGGGCCAAUGCACUAUAGGUAAAGUUAUCUCAGAAUCGGGGAAUUUCAAAUGCGAGUAUUUCGGCUACAAAGAACAUCUUUCUGAUCAGACUAAUCUACAUGAAAAUCAAAGCGUAAAACGUAGAUGUUCGAAGGAGCAAAUUGAGGAGAAGAUGAAAGUAGUUAAUGAACAAUGA